AACCUUCAAAUUGUACCUGUUAAAAAAACAAAAAAAAAACGUGUCGCAAGACAAACCAUUUACUUUAUUUUUGUUUCUUCCUAAACCUCGGAGAAAAUCUAUCCUCCGUUCGUCCAAAAAAAAAAAAAAAAAGAGAGAGAGAAAGAAAAUCUAUCCCCUGUAUUUCCAAUCCAAUCCUCAUCCUUCAUUCUCCCAAUCCAACGGCCACUACCCGUCAUAUCCUUAACCAUAUCCACCCCAAAACUGCAACUAAUAGAAGGAGGACACUCCGCCCUGCUUAGUCGCCAGCCCCCAGUCCCCACUGUCGACCCCCACUCCAAAGCCCCGCUGAUCAUGAGCUCCAUUGCGUUCAAAUCCUUCACCGGCCUCCGCCGCUCCACGACGGCUCAACCUCAACCCAACACCCACUUACCUCCUAGGUCCAAACCCGUGAAGUUCCAUGUUACUGCCGCCAAAACGUCUCCCAAACUCACCAACCGGAACCUCCGAGUGGCAGUCAUUGGAGGUGGUCCAGCGGGCGGAUCUGCAGCGGAAACCCUCGCCAAGGGUGGCGUUGAGACUUUCCUCAUUGAACGGAAGCUUGAUAAUUGCAAGCCCUGUGGUGGUGCCAUCCCGCUCUGUAUGGUGGGCGAGUUCGACCUCCCUUUGGACAUCAUCGACCGUCGCGUCACCAAGAUGAAGAUGAUCUCGCCGUCGAACAUUGCAGUGGAUAUUGGGCAGACCCUGAAGCCGCACGAGUAUAUUGGGAUGGUGAGGAGAGAGGUCCUGGAUGCGUAUAUGAGGGAGAGAGCGGCGGAGAACGGCGCUCAAGUAAUUAAUGGGCUGUUCCUGAGGAUGGAUGUUCCUCGGAGAUGGGACGAACCGUACGUAUUGCAUUAUAACGAGUACGACGGAACAAAGGGCGGCACCGGACUGAAGAAGACCUUAGAGGUCGAUGCAGUCAUCGGAGCUGACGGCGCUAAUUCCCGCGUCGCCAAAUCGAUUGGAGCCGGCGAUUACGAUUACGCCAUUGCAUUUCAGGAAAGAAUCAAAAUUCCUGAUGAGAAAAUGGCAUACUAUGAAAAUCUUGCUGAAAUGUACGUCGGUGAUGACGUCUCGCCGGAUUUCUACGGUUGGGUUUUCCCUAAGUGUGACCACGUUGCCGUCGGCACAGGCACCGUGACUCACAAGGGUGACAUCAAGAAGUUCCAAUUGGCCACAAGAAACAGAGCAAAGGACAAAAUUCUCGGCGGUAAGAUUAUCCGAGUGGAGGCACAUCCAAUCCCGGAGCACCCCCGGCCACGCAGGCUUUUAGGGAGGGUUGCCCUCGUUGGAGACGCGGCCGGCUAUGUCACUAAAUGCUCGGGCGAGGGGAUUUACUUUGCGGCCAAGAGCGGGAGAAUGUGCGCGGAGGCGAUCGUGGAGGGGUCCGAGAGGGGGAAGAAGAUGGUGGAAGAAGGGGAUUUGAGGAAGUAUUUGGAGAAAUGGGACAAGACGUAUUGGCCGACUUACAAGGUGUUGGAUGUGUUGCAGAAGGUGUUUUACAGGUCGAAUCCGGCGAGGGAAGCGUUCGUGGAGAUGUGCGCCGAUGAGUACGUGCAGAAGAUGACGUUCGACAGCUAUUUGUACAAGACGGUGGUACCGGGGAAUCCGUUGGACGAUCUAAAGUUGGCUGUGAAUACUAUUGGGAGCUUGGUGAGGGCUAAUGCAUUGAGGAGGGAGAUGGAGAAGUCCAAUGUUUGAGACCAAAAUUAUGUUUAAUUUAGGGAAAAUUCGGUAGCAUAAUGUUCCUUAUGCCAAACUUCUAUGUAGUAAGAAGGAUUUCACAUUUGUUUUUGAAUUUUGGCUAUAUAUUACUUGUGUGUUUACGUGGUUUUAUAUAUGAUGACGAUGAUGAUUAUUAUUAUUAUUAUUAAAUUUUGGUUAUAUAU